UUACUGAGCGUGCGCAGUUGAAACUCUUUCGUUAUUCCGGCCGGCUACUACUAUCCUCGUCUUUUUGGACCCUGUAUAUUUUAUAGGAGAUUUAGUCACCAUAGGAUCUAUAUUAACAAAAUGGGUGAAUCUUUUAAGAUAACAGAAAAACAGUAUAAUGACGCCCACACAACGUUCAUUCUUUUUGACAAGAAAGGUAACGGCGAGGUGUCAACAAAGGAGUUAGCUUCAGUUUUCAAAGGUUUAGGUCUUCAAGUAGAAGAUGGAAAACUCAAAGAAUGGGCUGACGAAGCGGAUGAGGAAGCCACUGGGUGCAUCACGUGGGAGCAGUUUAAACCUAUCUUCGAGCGGAAGUUGCGCGAGGACGAGGACGAGCGAGAGUUGAGGGAGGCGUUCCGUGUGCUCGACAAGAACAGCAAGGGCGUCAUCGGGGUGGACGACCUCAAGUGGAUCCUCCGCAGUCUCGGCGACGACCUCACCGACGAGGAGAUCGAGGACAUGAUCAUGGAGACCGACACAGACGGCAGCGGCACCGUAGACUAUGAAGAGUUCAAAAAUCUGAUGACAUCAUGAGCGUGUUUUCAACGAUGGGUUCCAGUCUUCUUUGCCUCAAUCAUUCGCGCCUGGUGCAGUCUGCCUCUGAGUUUGUUAACUGAAGGACCAGUUCUGUUAUUUAAGACUCUCUGUUGUUAAAGAAACUCGACAAGCCAGACCUGUGCACACUUCAAAUCCUGCCAUUUUGUUUUUGUUUUUUUUCUUCCUGGAGUCCUUUCUCUCCCUCUCUCUCUGUGUCUUUUUCCAUUAUGAUGUCAUCGUCCUAUGACGUCAUAUAGUGUUAUGUUUCGUCGAUGAUAACAAUGUCCAUUUUGUUUUUAUGUUUUGUCUUUCCUGUGAUUCGUCCGCGUCAUGUCUAUUAUCACUACACAUGCGCACUAAUUGCACGAGCAGCGUUUGGUGCACACGUGUGUUUUAAUUUUUAAAAAAAAAUUUAACAUUUGUAUAUAAUCCCACUAACUUUAUUGUUUUGGCUGUGAAUUCUUAAAACAGUUCUCUUCUGUCGUUCACAAAAUUCUAUAAACUGAUGAUGUGUUGAAAAUCGCUACUGCUGCACACCAACUUACAAACUAUGAUGCUGCACUAUUUUUUACCCCGAGGAUGAAAAUAUGUCAUUAAUGUUAUACGUGAGAUAAAGUACGAAUACGAUUUCGUUGCAGCUGCCACUAAUAUAGAAUCAGUCUUUUCUUUCUGUCUCUUUCUUUUUUCUUUUUUAUUUAAUUUUGUUUUCAGCGGUUAACAUUUUAGAAUCUUUUAUCUGAACCUUGCUAUUCAUUUCAAUGUUAGCAAUCACCACACAGUUUGUAUAUAUGUUGAAGUUUUGUGAAAAGAAUACAUUUUUUAAAAUAUAAAAAAGGUUUACACGAAGAUAGUGCGAGGAAUGAAUAAGGCAAAUAUAAUUGAUAAAUUCGCCCGGAUUUUUUUUACGCUGGAUCGAAUACUUCUGAUAUCCACAACUGAUUUCUUUUCCAUGAAUUGCCCAAGUGUCCACACUCCCAAUGUCAUCUGUACUACGUUUAGAGUCAUAAAUGGUUGAUUUUAGUAUUUAUUCCGAUAAUUAUUUUGAAUAUAUAUAUAUAUAUAUAUAUAUAUAUAUAUAUAUAUAUAUAUAUAUAUAUAUAUAUAUAUAUAUAUUCACCCAGAUUAUAUUAUAUUAAACACAUAAUAUAUAGUCGCACAUGCAUACACAACACAAUUUGUACAAAACUAAUUAGUUGAUUUUUUUUUUUUUUAAAACGACUGACAAAUUUUAACUAAGAUUCAAAAUUCUUCACGUAAAUUCUUUCAUUGUUUUUACCUCCCAUCCUUGAUAAUUGUUACCCAUGUUUGUUACACGGUGUAAACGUAUAGUAGGCCUAUAUGCUAGGAUAAUGUAAUUUAAUGUCUGUGUGUGAAAUGGACAAAUGAUCGCUCAAACUGUGCCAUUGUCUGUUAAUUUCAGCUACUGACUACAUUGUAAAUGAAUGGAAUCUAUUUUGUACAAAAGAUUAAUUUUCCAUUCAAACCAUCGUGUUUAAUGUGUGCAUAUUUACAACUAAAAAGAAAAAUUUAUAAUAAUAAAUUUUAUCCUUC